CGCGGAGGAGGGUGGGGGGACCCUGCGCAGCACCUGGCCCCGCCGCGGCCCCUCCGGCCGGGGCUGUCUGCGCUCCGCGCGGCAGCGAGCGCGGCCCAGCCGGGGCCCUGGGGACGGAGCCGGCCGCGGCGGCCGCCCCGCAGCUCGGCCCGGGGCAGUGCGAGGCGGCUCCGGCUCUCUGUCCGGGCGCUUUGUCGGGGAGGCGGCGGAUCCUCGGCAGGGCCGGGCGACGGGCGCGGCGGGGCCGCAUGUCGCGGCACGGAAGCCUUUACCGCCGGCUCCCGGAGCGGUUCGUUGUCCGCAGCGGCAGAGAGGGCGGCGGGCUCUCCUGGCCGCCCCCAGGCCCGCGCCCCGCCGGGGGAGGCCGUUCAUCCUCCCGCGGGUGUCACCUGCGCUUCGCCGGGGCCGCCGGGGCGGGGGAGGCCGGAGAGCGCAGAUGGAAUGGAGAUCUCCUUCCCUCGCUGAAUUUCGGAAUGCAGUUUCCAUCCCAGGAGGAUGUAUAAAGAUUAAGUGCCAAGCGGCAAAAUGAGCGUGACUUCGUGGUUCUUGGUGAGCAGCACUGGCAUUCGCCAUCGGCUCCCUCGGGAGAUGAUAUUUGUUGGCAGAGAUGACUGUGAACUGAUGCUCCAGUCCCGCAGUGUCGAUAAGCAGCACGCUGUAAUCAACUAUGACAAGGAGAAAGAUGAGCACUGGGUGAAGGAUCUCGGGAGCUUAAACGGCACAUUCGUCAAUGAUGUGAGGAUUCCUGACCAGAAGUACAUCACCCUAAAACUGAAUGAUGUCAUUCGCUUCGGCUAUGAUUCAAACAUGUACGUCCUGGAGCAAAUUCAACACAAAGUCCCAGAAGAAGCAUUAAAGCAUGAGAAGUACACCAGCCAACUUCAGAUGAACUACAAAGGCACGGCGAUGAAGAGGGCAGAGCAGCCCAUGGAGCAUGGUGUCUACACAGAGUCCCCGCAAGCAAAGCUGGAGAAAGGAGAGAGGAAAGCAAUUACAGAAACCAGUACUUACCGCACACCUCUUUAUGGGCAGCCCUCCUGGUGGGGUGAAGAUGAUGCAAAUAACAAGGAGGACAGAAGGCAAGAAGAACAUUACUCAGAAAGAUCAAAAGAGAUAACCCAGCAUGAAGAGGAACUGAAUGGCAAUAUUUCUGGUUAUAGAGAUGCCCAAGAACAGUCUGUGUUUGCCUUCCGGAGAGAGCCAAGUUACUUUGAGAUUCCAACUAAAGAAUUUCAGCAGCCAUCAAAAUCUCCAGAAACACAGGUCCAUGAGAUCCCGACAAAGGAUGUUGAUGCCGUAGUAACCCCUGUUGUACAGAGUCACGCCUCUUUCACCAUUGAAUUUGAUGAUGGUACCCCCGGUAAAAUAAAGAUAAAAGAUCACGUAACUAAAUUUUCACUCAGACAGAGAAGACCAUAUAGUAAGGAACCGGCUCAUACAGAAGUGAUGUCAGCGGAGAGCAAAGUGGCCGACUGGCUUGUCCAGAAUGACCCAAGCUUGAUGAGACGGCAGUCUCCAGGAGAAGAUGUGUACAGUACGAAGAGUGACCUGCCAGUUCAUGUGAGGACGCUUAAAGGUUCCUGGUCGUUGACUGAAUCGUGUUGUGUGCCUUCACACCCGUUUCCUUCUCCAAAAAAAGGCAAUAGGCACGAGGACGGGACACAGAGUGACUCCGAAGACCCUGUGGCACCCAAGGCGGAGAAGGAGACGACAACGGGCAGCGAACGUGCGGCGGAGCAAACCAAGCUGCAGCGCCAGAUGAGGCGUGAUCCCCACGAGAUGCUGCACAACAAGCAGGCCUUCGUCAUCGAGUUCUUCGAGGACACGCCACGGAAGAAGCGGUCACAGUCCUUCACGCACAGCGCUCACUCCUCCCAGAGCGACACCGAUCAGGGGCUGAAGACCAAGGUCGAGAAGCGUAAGAAUGCUUUGCCAGCAGAGAAGCUGGGAAAUGCAGUACCACCGUCCCACUCUGGUGCCCAGGCAGGCAAACCGAGUAACAGCUCCUCCGGGACCCAAAGAUCUGGCUCCUUCAAGAGAGAGAAGACAGAAGAUCGAAUCAACUCUUCGUCCUCCUCUGCUUCCAGAACAUCAGCCAAAACUUACGGGAGCAUUGGGAGGAAGUCUAAGAUGGCUCAGGAUUUUAUGGCUGAGUAUUUGCGGGAGACUGGUCAGUCUGGGAAGCCAAGCGCUGAGAAACCAGCGCCUCUGCCCAUGCCGGUAGCUCCACGUGUGGUUAUAUCAUCAGAACCAGAGUCUGCCCCUGCCCCACCCCCGGAGGUAAAGUCAGCCCAGGGCAGGAGGAAUGAUGAGGAGGACAGCGUGAGCGAGACGGGUACAUACACCAUUGAGACGGAGUCGCAGGAUAAAGAGGUGGAGGAAGCACGAAAAAUGAUAGAUCAGGUUUUUGGUGUUUUUGAGUCUCCUGAAUUUUCCAGAAUCUCUUCAGCCUUUAGACCAAUAAUUAAAGGAGAAAAAGAUGACUCUGGCUCUCAUCAGCAUCUAAUCAGUGAAAAUGGCACUAGUCAGAAGUCACCCUUGCUCCAGGCACUUGCCUCAAAAGCUGUGAGUGGAUCUCAGGCUGAUGCGCAGAUGUCUGCAGCAUCUCAGGGGAGCCAGAAGUGGGUGUCUAGGUGGGCAAGCCUUGCGGACAGUUACUCUGAAUCUGUCUCUGGGCAGGGUGAUGGAGGUGCAGAAAGCGGUGCAGCCCCAAAACCUGGGGAACCAGAAAAUGCUGCUCCCUUGAGAACAAGGCGCCUUCUUCCCCAACUCCCACCAAGCGAUAAAUCAGAUAGCCCCGCUCCCACGGUCCUGAUUUGCCAAGAUUCUUAUUCUGAGGUUACCAAGAGAACCAUCGUGAAGGACCCCUGUGUGGAAGCCUAUGGUGAUACCAGCAGCCGCCUCUUCAUCCAAGAAGAUUUGGAUCCAGAUAGCCUCAGUGAUGCCAGCAGAUCUGACGAUGGCUUCAGCCUGGAAAAAGGCAAGAAAUAUAAAGAGAACAAUAAAAUGCUAGAGCAGAUGGCGGAAGACACAAGAUCAGAGAGCCGGCAGCCAGGAUCCUCCCGAGUCUCAAAUGUGAGAGCUGUAAGUGAGCCAGUUUCUACUUCGUUCUACAUUGGUGAUGACAGCAAUGAUGUGGGGAUUCCAUCCAAGUUCUCUCUGAGCGUGUCCCAUGCUCGAGCAGAAAAAGACAGCAAGGAUCAGGAGUUUUCCUUCAAGUCUGCUGGCACACCAGCUCCUGGAAAACCACCAGUCAAAGAUGUUAGUGCUUACAUAAAUGCAGCUGGGAAAGUGGUUAUUUCCCUUCAUCAGACUCUUCCUCAAGAUCAAGAAAACAUGGCAGGAAAGGAAACAUCAUCUUUUGCUAGACAAGAAAGUUUUACCAAAGAUAAAUCAAACACUGGUGUUCCUCAAAAUAAACUUCCACAUAUUUCAAGUCACCCUCUGCUUAAGGAUUUAGAGGCUGUUCGGUCAACUCGUAUGGACUUUGGUCAGGAGACUCAUCUUCUCCUUAAGGACACUGAAACUGCUUUGGCAGCACUGGAAGCCAAAUUACUUAGUCAAAGCCAACAGUUGGAGCCCUCAGAAACUGCUGGUCAGCUGGAGGACUCCUUGUCGGGAGAUUCGGACGUGGACACUGCCAGCACGGUCAGCUUGGUGAGUGGCAAAAAUGUCCCGACGAGUGCCCCGAAGCGCAAAGCGGUUGCGAGCUUGCAGAAGGAGAAAUCUUCCUCCACACCCUCCAUCCAGGACCAGUGUGGGCAGCCCAGCGCUCGGGACAGGCUGACGGAGAAGCGGAAGACACAAGCACCAGAGGCAUCAAACCACGUGGAGGCCACCAAACGCUUCCAGAUGAAGCGGAGUGCUGGGACGCAGGGGUCGCUCGACUUCACGGAUGAUGAGAGAAGCUCGAGCUUGCCCUACUUGCCGGUUCCUGACGCGGUUGUGUCUGACCACGAGCACUCUGUAACCCGGCCAGUUCCCAGAAGGAAACCUUUUGCUCAGGCCACCAAGGAGGACCACAGCAAAACUACAUCGAAUGUGCAGAAGAUCCAGCAAGUUCUCACCCGCUCCAACAGUUUGUCCACCCCACGACCCACAAGGGCCUCGAAGCUACGUCGUGCCCGGCUGGGAGAUGCUUCAGACAAUGAGUGCAUUGAUACUGAGAAAACAGCCUCCAACCCUGAAGCCACCACUCAGGGCCCCAAGCAGUCUACAGAGACGAAGAAGCUCUCCCGGCUGGACAUCCUCGCCAUGCCGAGGAAACGAGCGGGUUCGUUUACAGUGCCCAGUGACUCCGAGACGGCACAGUCGAGGACGGGGUUUUCAGGCCGGAGUGUGGAGUCCUAUCGGAAGACGGGUGUUUCAGAGGUGAGAGCCGCAGCGAGGAAAACAGCAGCCGCUGCCUCCGUGAAGCAGCCUUUCAGCAGGACCCGCUCCAGCAGUGUCAAGUAUUCCUCCUCAUCCACAUCAAGGCGGAGACCACAGGGUUCAGAUUACACUUCUACUUCGGAGGAAGAAUAUGGCUCAAAUCACAGCUCCCCUAAACACAAACGCUCCCAUACUUCAACAGCCACUCAGACACCGAGGUUACGUGGCUCUGGGCUGAGCAAGCAGAAGCACAACGGCAGAGAAACGGAUGAUGAUGAAGAUUUUGAUGACCACCCAGACCCCUACAACUUCAUGGCGCAAACAGCAGAGAUCGCAGAAAUAGCCAGGCUCAGCCAAACCUUGGUGAAGGAUGUUGCCAUCCUUGCUAGAGAGAUUCACGAUGUUGCUGGAGAUGGGGACUCGCAGAGUUCUUCGGGGACGGGACCAAGCACCUCCCUCAGCUCUGUGCCCAACACUCCUGCUUCCACCAUAUCAGCGAGGGAAGAGAUUGCUCGUAGAUCUUUUCGGCUGGCAUAUCCAUCUCAGUUGGUGCAGCACAUUCCAGAAGCAAGUCUGAACUACCAGAAGGUGCCUCCGGGAUCAGUGGAACUGAAGGAUUUUGACCAAAAUAUGAACGAUAAUAGAGAAGAGGAUCCCUCAAGAAAAACAAGGACAAGAAACCGUGAGGAGGUGAUAUUUGACAAUCUGAUGUUAAACCCGGUGUCCCAGUUAUCACAUACAAUCCGUGAAAAUACAGAAAACCUAGCUGAAAAAAUGAAGAUUCUGUUUCAAAACUCAGAAAGGACCUGGGAGGAGAUGGAGGCCAAAAUUAAUUCAGAAAAUGAAGUGCCAAUUCUGAAGACAUCUAACAAGGAAAUCAGUUCUAUCCUGAAGGAGCUCAGGAGAGUGCAGAAACAGCUUGAAGUCAUAAACGCUAUCGUUGACCCUACUGGAAACUUGGAUGUAGUUGCCAGUAACAAAGCAUCUUCUGCUGCUAAACAAUCUACAGCCACUAAAAUCAGGACUGCUAACACUUCUGGGUCCACACUGGAGACUUUGUCCCCAGCACAGAUGAGAAACUACACGCAGAAAUCGAACUGUGGGUCUUCUAGCUUACAAGAUUCAAAUUUCAUUCCAGACGGAGAGAAAUAUGUGAUCUGAUACAAUAUUUUGUAUUGCUAUCAUAUUGUAAUCUACUGUCGCAUUAGUAUUGUGUAUGAGUGGUUUGUGGACAGUUUGUGUGAAGCAGUUGUUUAGAUUGCUAGCACAUUGCACAAAACAAAACAUAAUCUAUGCUGUGAGGGUGGAUGGAAAGUCUGUUUAUGCCUUUUAAACAAGACGAGCACUGUGGAGCAGCACAUAUUCAGCAUAGAGGCAAACUGAUUUUUAGAAAAUUACUCACUUAUUCUUCCAGCGUGCCAUAAGAAAACAGGCUUUCAUACACUCCAUUCAGUACUGCCGAAGCUAAAGUGUUCUUGCGUUGGCCUGUUUAUUCAAUUGUAAUGAGGCACAACUUAAAAUAACACUUUUUUUGGUACUGUAUUCAAUUUAUUUGUUUGUUUGGGUUUAUUUCGAAGUGUACAAGUGAAGCAUAUGUUGGAAUCAAUGUGCAAAUCCAACAGAAUGAUGGUGCAAUAUCGCGGGUUUCUAGGAGAAACCUUCAGUGCAGUUGUGUAAAGUCCUUUUCAGCAGUUGUAAAAAGGCAACCACACUGAAGCUCUGCAUCCUUUUUUUCAGUCCAAAUGCCAAAACAAGACAGAAUAAACCCUCUUGUUUUUCUCUUGGGAAAGUGUAAAAAUUACUAAUGCUAUGAAUGUAAAAAUUACUAAUACUUUUGAUGGUAUUUCAGGCCCAAAGUUUGAGGCAGGUACAAAAAGUCAGAUUUUACAGUUUAGCUUACCAAAUUUUCAUUAUUUCGGUACAAAUGUUGUCUUUAAGCUGCUUUUUUUUUUUAAGAAAAAAGAAAAAGUAUACUGACUUCUUACAAUGAGCUACAAAUGCUCUUGGUUGGGCCAGAGACUAAGAUGUUUGCAAUUAGCUGAUUGUUAGGAAAAACAUCUGUUCCAAUGGCUCAUGUAAUAAACUUAAUUGCACAGUUGCUGUGAACUAAUGCUCACUUGACAGCACUGAAAAGAAUAAUGGCUUAAAUGUAGCUCCACCUUGACGGCUGGUUCUCUUAUGAGUUUCUUUUUCAAUUCAGAGUUUCUUGAAGACCAUUUUGUGGUGUUCCUCAGAAACCAUUCAACAGUAUCAAGCGCUGCUACAUUUGGGAUUUUUGUCUGGAUUUUAUUUUUGGUCUGUUAUAAUCCUUGAAACACAAAGGAUUAUGUGCAGUUGCACUGAGCAAUUUCUUGUUUUAAAAAAGUUGGGGUUUGUAUUCUGUCUUUCUGUUAAACCACAGAACACUAACCAAUUUUUGUUUCUUCAGGAACAAAAGUUUUGGUUUUGAGGGGACCUCUUCCAAAUGUGUUUGCUCCCAGUUUUUUCUGUCUUUCAUCGAUUCCUUUUUCAUUCAUUCUGGUCAAUAAACAGUAAUCAGGUAAAGAAAUUCUUUUGUAGCUGCAGAGGAUGCGUUUACUGGGAAAGGUGAGCAGAUGAGUUCCACUUUGCCCUCAUACAGUGUGUAGUUUAACCAGUGAAAAUGGUUUCCCAAGUUUGACUGCUUCUCGUGUGCUGACUUUAUAUUUUGGGGUGAGUAGUGGAUUCCUUAGUUAGCUUCAGUAGUUACCUGAGCUUUUCUGCUAGAAUGUCAUAACAGUGGGAACCUGCUAAAGUAGUUUAAAUAAAUAGGGAUGCUCACAAAGUCUUUGAUCUCACUAGUGAAGCCCGUGAUUGCUUUCCUGGUGAAGCCAGUGGGAGCUUUCUAUCCACUUCAGCAGAAACAGGAUUGUUCCCCAAAUGGGAGUCUGCCAACAGGCCAUUAGUGUCUUUUGAGUGUGCAAGGUGCUGGCUGGUAAACAGUAGGUGCAAGUAUCCUUCCAAGAUUUCCAGUAGGUUAUAAGACUCAUCUGCCUGUGUGGGGAUACUCUUCCAUGAAGAUUUCGCAUAGAUGAAUGCAGAAUAAAAAAAGAAUUUGCUCUUGAUGUUCUUCUGCUUGUAAUAUGCGCACUAUCUAAACGUGUGCAUUCAGUCCUUUAUUCUGAUCUGUCUUUUCUUGAAAUACCUGACUGUGUCCUUGAUUAAUAUCGUAAGUGGUGGUAUCAUUCCUGACAUAUGAGACACAAUUUUUCGAGCCCUUCUUGGUUAGGGUUUGAACAGACCAGGUGCUACCCCAACUCACUAGGAGUUGAAGGACCUUCGCAGAUAAGGUGUUGUGCUUAGUUUCUGUUUUGCUGUAGAGACACGUGAGUUACUCAGACAUCUGACUUUUAGUAGUUGUUAGCCAUGUUCCCACAUCUUCAUGGCUAUGCUCUAGUGGAUUUUGUUCCUCUACACCAUGCCCUUGAUGGGGCUUCUGUUUACUUUCAUAUGAAAAUUGCUUGAUUCUUCCUUCAUUCACGAACACAUCAGGGAUGGAUUUUUUUUCCUUGGUUGCUCUAUUCUGAACAUGAGGGAGAGCCCGCAGACACUUUACAUCAGUGAAAUCAACCCACAAAAUAUGGUACCUCUUCAAGUGACUGAUAAGGGUGCAACAGUCAGUGUCUGUUUAUAAUUUGGAAAUGUGUGUGUGAAGGGGGAGGGAGGAUGUGCAGCUUGAUUUGUUUGAUUUGCAACUCAGCCAAACUAUAAAACGCUGCUGUGUCCUGACACAACAUCCAUCCUUGGAUCUUUGCGUGUAGAACAGUUUUGCUAGACGAUGACGAAACACAACGUAUUUUUUUUCUUGUAUUCGCUGCUUUGGAAGUACACCCCAUUUGCACUUGUCUGCUCCACAUAAGCCAAAGAGCGAGGCACCCGACCAUAGCUCCCUCAGUCACUGUUCGCUCUUACAAGCAGUACUGUAUGGAACCACAAAAACAUGCCUCUGUGUGACCCCGGUGUGACUGUCACAGGUGUGGUGUGACUGUCACAGAUGUGUCGCGGUGCCUCUGGGUGGCCCAGGAUCAGUGUUGGCUGAUCCCAGAGCUGCGCAUGGGCCUUGCGUUAAGCUCGGUAGGGGUGACACUGCCCCGUGGGUCACUCUCGUACCAUAUUGCUGUCUGUGUGUUGUGUCUGACUAAAGAAAUGUAAUGGAGGGUGGGAUUUUCAAAGUCUUAGGGAAGACAAGUGCUCAAGUCCUUUUUUUGGGUUUCCAGGCUCUCUUGGGUGCCUAAUGCCGUGAGCACCUUUCAAAAUCCCAGCCCUCAGCUCCUCCAGUAUACUUGAAAAUCAUGUUCUCAGUUUGACGCUUUCAAAUGUAAAAACCCAUUACUCUGUGCUCAUGGCAUGAAUGUAAAUUCCAGCGAGAAUGUACGAGCUUUGUGAGCGGGGACCCAAAUGGAUCUGUGGUGAUGUCACCUCGUGGUCGUGCUCCAGGAGAAAAGAACGUCUGCAUCAUCUUUGAGUAUUUUAGUAAAGGUACAACUAGUGGAAUGUUUACAUACAGCCUACUGAAAAAAAGAGGAGACAAAAAAAAAGAUAAAGUGUAAAGUAUUUAAGUGCGAGAUACUACUAGUUUUUUUCUUGUUUUGCAGAUCACAGUAGCUAUUUUUGAAGUUCCGUAAAUGUGUAUAACUUUUGCAAAGACCAGACAGAGCUACCUGUUCACUCUCAAUGUGCCCCGUGCUGAAUUGUGCCUAUUUCACUCUCUGCUGUUGUUAUGCUGCUGAUUCUGCUGUUCUGAACUGUUCACUGGAUCAUUCCAUUUGCAUGCAACACAAAUGCAAGCUGAGCUGUCUGAGAGUAAAGCUGAAACACGUUUGUAUAACUUGAAUCAAUUAAUGACUUUCUCUUUUCCACACCCUCUUGAAAUGCUGUGUAUAAUUUUGAUUUGUUUCUCCUGCCCUGAUUUUUUUUUUCACCUUUUAUUUUUUUUGAAUGGUAAUUUAUUUUUGUUUGGAUUAUAGGCAGUAUCUGUACAUUUUGUUUCAAGGUGAUAUUGUGGACGUCUUUAAAAAGCAAAUCGUUAUUUUAUAUAAUUUUAUCAUAAAGUUGCUCUAAUAAAUCAUUCUUUUAUCAUGUGA